AUGGAUUCUACAGUCUAUCACAUGCUUAGGAUUGUGAACAGCUCCACAUGGAGCAACGUCGCCUCCGCCGCCUCCUCCCCGCGCCCUGAAGACUGUGGUCUUCCAACAUCAGGCAUGCCCUUCUCCCAUGAGCUCUCUACGGAGAACAAGAAGCUCAUCAAGGCCUAUCGCACCGAGUGCGCCGGGUUCUCUGCCUCCAUCCUGGCGACUGGAGUCUCUUACCCCUUGGAUUUCUUGAAAUCGCGCAUGCAAAGCUUCGGCUCGCCCUUCUCCGCCACCGUGAAAGAUGCGUACAAGCAGGAGGGUCUGCGGGCGUUUUGGCGUGGAGUGGGCUCACCGCUUAUAUCAGUGGCCAUUGUUCGAACAUCGGCGCUGUCCAUAUAUCAAAAAGGCAAAUACUUUACGGAUCGACAAAUCACAGAGUUGACGGGUAAAAGCCCGCUCGCCAUGGCCAACGCCCCUGGAAGUUAUCCAAAUCUCUACACUGUAGCUUGUUUUGCACCGGCUGGAGCAGUUUCUGGAGCGGUCGUCACUUUCGCUUCAUGUCCGUUUGAGCUCGUCAAGCUUAACGAGCAGCUGGCUGGGAAACUGGCACGGGACAACGCUGUCAAAGGUGACAGCGCGGCGCAGACAAGACAGAAUGCAAAGACAGGGGGAGCAUUGCGGAAAAUGUGGAGUCUCUGCCGUAAUGGUGGCCCAUCACGCUUAUACGCAGGAUUCCGUCUACACCUCCUUCGGGAUCUCAUCGGCACCAGCAUCUACUUUACCACCUAUGAGACUGUCAAGCAGACAAUGGGCAAUGCUCGUGGAAACAGCCCAACAAGCCCUGCGGCUGUGAUUCUUGCCGGUGGCUCGUGUGGUAUCAUGAGCUGGGCAGUCGUCUACCCUAUUGAUGUGUGCAAGACGGUCUAUCAGAAAGCACUCCUCUCUGCCGGUCCCACAGAGAAGGUGAUACGGCCACGAAUCAAGUACUUUGGAAAGGGCGCUUACCGCGGGCUCGGUGUAUCAUGUCUACGGAGCUGCAUGAUAAACGCAAUCUUUUUUUCCACCUUUGAAAUUUUGAAAAAGGCCAUCAACUCGAUUGAGAUGGAUUGA